AAAAUCCGGGGCAAAUAUCGGAGCCAAUGUUGCUGUUUCAGCAGAUCGAAGCAGCUCACAGGCAUGCCAUCGGCGCUUUCCCGGGAGAAAUCUGGCUCUAGCCACUUGCAAAACGGACGAACGUUUGUUUUCAUUCGGAGGAGCUUGGGUGGGGAGGAAGAUGGGUAUGAUACUUCUGUGCAAAUGAACCCUGUCGUCCUAAUGUGACCGGGACUACAUGAACCCUUUAGUGAUAUUUCUGCGGUCAGGGCAGAAAUUCUGGCACUGCCCGGCUCAGGGCUCUAGAGCCCAUCUCCACAGCCAGGGCACCUAGCAGCGAGAAACAAGGGGUGCACUCCCCGACCACAGCUCGUUUACCGCUGAACUGGGGAAUCCCCUCGGCGUUCAACUGAGCAGUGACUGAAAUCCCUUUCGUGGGGUGGAGCCUUUGCAAGUUCCCACGGUACUGUACCUUUUCCCGACCGCUGCCCGCACGGCUCUCGGGCGACGUCCUGCAGACAGAGGGCUGAGUGCGCGUAUUGCGCGCCCGCUGAGCCCUAGCGGCUCCCCUCGCUAAAGGGCGCAGAGGGCAAAGCAGCCCUCACCUGCCUACAGGGCUGCCCCCUCUCCCUCAGAUCUGGUCGGGCGCGGGCAGCAGCGGCGAGCCGACCAAGGCGCAGCCUCUCUUCCCUCCGCACUGAGGAACUCCAGGAGAAGGGAUUCUCCCGUGCGCGCUGCCGUUCCCCAGCCGCGCUCCUCUCGGUUUGCCUCCGCCUCUGGUCACUGGGACUGAUGAAUUAAUCACGGUGUGGCUGCUGUUAACGCAUUUGUAUGGAUCGGGCUGUGCCACCGGCUCGAGGCGUACCGCGGCUGGGCGAGGGACUGAGGACACAGGCGGCCCACUCCGUUCCGCUUCUCUCCGUUCCGGCGCAGAGCCACGGCCGUGACGCUCUCCGCGGCAUCGGAGGAGAUGCUUCGGAAACUCGGUGUGCAUUUACCACAGGUUCUGCUGAACAGCUCAAAAGGGGACUUAUUUAUUCUUUCAUUAGUCAAGCAUAACAUUAUCUUGAACUAAUUAUUCCUCUCCACAUGGCCUUCCUACUGGUGUCAGCUUAUCUUCUGCUGACUCAUGCUCAGGGUGCUCCUGUUGAGAAUGGGGCACUGUUGGAAACACUGAAGUCACAGGUAGGAUUACUCAGCAAUAAAAGUGAACACUAUUCGGCACAGGUGAGACCUCCUGGCACAAGUCGACAAAUACCUCAGACAAUCAUCAUAGGAGUUCGUAAAGGAGGGACAAGGGCUUUGCUGGAAAUGUUGGAUAUUCAUCCUAAUAUUGUGGUAGCAGCUACAGAAGUCCACUUCUUUGACUGGGAUGAAAAUUAUGUGAAAGGAAUUGACUGGUAUAGAAGUCUGAUGCCAUUUUCAUAUGGAAAUCAAAUUACAAUUGAGAAAACACCAGGCUAUUUUACAUCACCACAGGCUCCAGAAAGAAUUCAUGACAUGAACAGCUCCAUUAAACUGCUGCUCAUUCUAAGGGAUCCCACUGAGAGAGUUAUAUCUGACUAUACUCAAGUAUAUUACAACAGAGUAGAAAGCCACAAGCCUGUUCAACUUUUUGAAGAUAUUGUUAUUAAGAAUGGAGCACUUAAUACCAAAUACAAAGCUAUUCAAAGAAGUCUAUAUGAUGUUCAUAUGGAAAAGUGGCUUAAGCACUUCAGUUUGGACCAGAUUCACAUAGUCGAUGGCAAUACUUUAAUCAAGGACCCUCUUCCUGAAUUACAAAAAGUUGAAAGAUUUCUUAAUCUUCCUUCCCGAAUUGUGUCUUCUAAUUUUUAUUUUAACCAAACCAAGGGAUUCUACUGCAUUAGAAGUGAUGGAAGGGAGAGAUGUUUACAUGAAUCCAAAGGGCGUCCCCAUCCUCUUGUGAACAAUACUGUUUUAGAGCAACUCUAUUCAUACUUCAGAGAGCACAAUGCAAAAUUUUACAGGAUGGUUAAUCAUUCUUUUGACUGGCAUUAAUGCAUCUGCAAUCAAUGUUUCUUAAAGGGCCUGAAACAAACUGUCAGAUACAUCUUUCUAAGCUGUAAAGAUGCCUCUUAAGGGAACUUCACAGAGUGGUUUUAUGCUUCAUCAGAAUAGCACAUCUGUUAGCUCAUGGUACCCUUUAUGUUGGGAAAAAUAACUAUCACGUAUUUGUGUUAUUACUGAUUUGUCAUAUGCUGCUCUUUCUCAUUACCAUGCAAAUACAUUAACUUUGGCUGACCUGUUUCAGACAUGUACCUGUAACAAAAUUUGUGCUGUUCUGGAAAAAUGACUGCAUUACCAGUGUAAAAAAAUGUAAAUAUUCAAAAUGGUAUUACUCUAACUGUUCUGUAUUUAUUUUUUGUUGUUGCUAGUAUUUUUUAUACCACGCACAACGAUAGUGCCAUUGAUUUCUAGACUUUUUCCUACACUAUGUUAAAUUGUAUGUUAAAAUAGGGGCGUACCUAGUGGCUCCAAUAAAUAAUUCAUCCUCUGCUAAUACAGUGAAGGUCUUAAUUACUAAUAAAAGGAAUCUAUUUCACCGGUGAUUUUGAACAGGUGAAGUAGAGGCUCUCUGUCUGUAUAUCAUUUGUAUUAAAUCAUUCUUAAUGUAUUGGGUUUGAAAAAAAAAAAAAAGCUAAUAAUGUGAACUGGUUGAAGAAGCUUUACAUGAGCGUUCUGAAUGUAAAGAAAUUAGAAUACCCUAGGCAACCUCAAUUUACACUGUUAUUCUGUACACAAACAAAAAGGCAAAAACUUAUUAGUAUCAGUAACUGCACAAAUGUUUGGCUAUACAAAUUAUGGCACUUUAAUCUUGAGUGGAAAAGCUCUUAACUAGUACUACCAUAUUAAUCAUCAUGUUUGUAUUCUGCAACUAGUGGUUCUAAUACUUUUCUGGCUUUAGUUCACAUAUCUCCAUUGGCACAAUGAUUCUUGCUUUGUUGUUUGUUUUGUUUUGCUGGGGUUAUUUUAUUAUUUGAAGAUAAUUGAUUUGCUUGUCUUCCAAAGCAUGGACUAUUUUCCUUCUGUCAUAUCUAAUGCUGUGUAACAUCUUUUUAUACUGUAUCUCUGUCACAGUGUUCAAUAAGCCAGUACAACAUAUUCAGAUUGCAUAUGAAACCCACUCCCAUUUAUGCCCUGCAUUAGGAUUUUUGUUAAAUAUUUUUUUUGAUGAACAGUAUCAUGCUGCUCUGCUCUCUCUUUUUGUGUAAAUGUUUUUAUUAUAUGCCAAUACCAAAGAAGAAAUUCAACUUGAAAUGUCAAGUGUAGUGCCAGAUAGCGCUGCAGAUGUGCUUGUUUGACAUUGAACCUUGCAAUCCAAAACCUCUAGUACACCCUCUAGUAGAAGCACUCAUUAAAUGCACUCCUCUUCAAGUUUCUCAGCAAACUGGUGAGCUACAGAACUGUGGGCCCACUCUGAACAUCACAGCAUCAAACUCCACCUAACCCUAGCGAGGAGCCUGAAUCUGUGUCCUGCCUGUCUCAGCCUCUGUGUGGAGUGUGUGGUCCUGACAUGGGAUUCAAGUCUUCCACUUCACAGGCUAAAAGGUAUGUAUUGCAGCACUGCGUUUUCAGCUUGUAAUCCUUUGUGAGUGGGCUCCUUAGCUGUUAGGCAGGUAACAGUACUCUACUGAAGCUGGACAGAAGUAUACCCAGACAGAUUCUGUGGAAAUAGUUUUGGGGGUUUUUUUGUUUGUUUGUUUUUUGGUUUUGUUUUUAAUUUAUUCCCUAAAUAAAUGUAAAAUGCUAAUAUAAUAAAUCUUAUUCUUUAUCUCUUCCACUA